UCUAAAGGACAUUAUAAUGCAAGAAGCCCCCUUUUUAACCACAAACCGAAUUUUCUUUCAUUUAGGUGAUCUAUAUAUAUCUAUAUCGUAUAGCUUAUAGCUUAUAUCUAUUUUAAAUAACUUAAAGCCGCUAAAAUUUGGGGGGGAACAGCUUUCGCCCUGGAGCGGUGCGCGAUGCUGUCUCACGCCGACCUCCUGGACGCCAGGCUAGGUAUGAAAGAUGCCGCCGAGCUGCUGGGCCACCGGGAGGCGGUGAAGUGCAGGCUGGGCGUGGGGGGCUCUGACCCCGGGGGCCACCCCGGGGACCUGGCGCCCAGCUCCGACCCGGUGGAGGGAGCCACGCUGCUGCCGGGCGAGGACAUCACCACCGUGGGCUCGACCCCCGCCUCGCUGGCGGUGAGCGCCAAAGACCCGGACAAGCAGCCGGGGCCCCAGGGCGGCCCCAACCCCAGCCAGGCCGGCCAGCAGCAGGGCCAGCAGAAGCAGAAGCGCCACCGCACGCGCUUCACCCCGGCGCAGCUCAACGAGCUGGAGAGGAGCUUCGCCAAGACCCACUACCCCGACAUCUUCAUGCGCGAGGAGCUGGCGCUGCGCAUCGGGCUGACCGAGUCGCGGGUGCAGGUCUGGUUCCAGAACCGCCGCGCCAAGUGGAAGAAGCGCAAGAAGACCACCAACGUGUUCCGCGCGCCCGGCACGCUGCUGCCCACGCCGGGCCUGCCGCAGUUCCCGUCGGCCGCCGCCGCCGCCGCCGCCGCCAUGGGCGACAGCCUGUGCUCGUUCCACGCCAACGACACCCGCUGGGCGGCGGCCGCCAUGCCCGGCGUGUCCCAGCUGCCGCUGCCGCCCGCGCUCGGCCGCCAGCAGGCCAUGGCGCAGUCGCUGUCCCAGUGCAGCCUGGCCGCGGGGCCGCCGCCCAACUCCAUGGGCCUGUCCAACAGCCUGGCGGGCUCCAACGGCGCGGGGCUGCAGUCGCACCUCUACCAGCCCGCCUUCCCCGGCAUGGUGCCCGCCUCCCUCCCCGGCCCCAGCAACGUCUCCGGCUCGCCCCAGCUCUGCAGCUCCCCGGACAGCAGCGACGUGUGGCGGGGCACGAGCAUCGCCUCCCUGCGCCGCAAGGCGCUCGAGCACACAGUCUCCAUGAGCUUCACCUAAUGCCGCCG